AUGUCUAAGAAAUUGCCUCAAAAGGAACUUACAAGAGAUGAUUUCUUGGUCGGUUGGAUCUGCCCUCUGAGUACUGAUCUAGCAGCUGCACUCGCAGUACUCGACGAGGUGAUGCUUGAUUUACCUUUUCCAAAAAUUAGAGGAGACUCAAACCACUACCAUUAUGGCCGGAUACACCACCAUUAUAUUGUAAUUGCGUGUCUGCCGGCUGGAGCCCCUGGCACCGCAUCAGCCAGCUGGGUAUCUGCGAACAUGAUACGGAGCUUUCCAAACCUAGCAAGAGGCAUUGGAAUGAUUGUGGGAGUGGGAGGUGCCGCACCUAAUCUACGGAAGGGACGCGACAUUCGACUUGGUGACAUUGUUGUCAGCAAGCCAGAGGGGCGCACUAACGGUCUCAUUCAAUAUGACUAUGGCACGGCGACCGAAGGUGGUGGUUUCGUGAUGGAAAGUCAUUUGGUUGCGCCGUCAACGGUUCUUCUAUCCGCUGUAGAUUUCGUCGGAGUCAGGGAUCCAGAAGCUUUUGCAAGGGGUAUCCGAGAGAAGGCUCAGCGAAUUGGAAGUCGGGAGGCUAGGUUCAAGCACCCCCAAAGUCCGGACAAUCUCUUUGAGGCCACCCAUCUUCACGUUCAGCCAAAAGCCGGCCCUAAUCAUCUCCCAAAUUCCGAUUCUGGUACUUGCGCCCAAUGUGAUCUUACCAAAAGAGUCAAGCGCCCUGAAAGAAAGAGCGAUGUCCCACACAUACACAAAGGGAUCAUAGCGUCGGGAAAUCAGACCAUGAAGGACGCCGUGAAAAGAGAUAAAAUCAGCGCUGAAACUGGGGCCUUGUGUUUUGAAAGGGAGGCUGGAAGCAUCAAGGAUGAUUUCCGUUGUUUGGUUGUUCGGGGCAUUAGCAACUAUGCAGAUGGCCAUAGUAAUAAGAGCUGGGUAGCCUAUGCCGCUCUUGUCGCAGCACUAUUUGCGAAGGAGAUUCUCCUAGUGGUUCCCAAGAUUGAACCCCCAAAAUGGCCGGCCCCCGAGACCCGUGAACAGUAG